CUCCCCCGGUCCCCGGCGCCGCCUCCUUCGCUCCCGGCUCCCGCUCCCGCGGCCGCCGCCGCCCCGGGAAGCAGAGACCGGGGUGGGGUUUGGGGGAGCGCGAGGGCAGGGCGACCCGGGCCGGAGCGCGGAUUCGCCGGGAGGAGGGCCGGCCGGAGGGGACGGUCGGGGAGACCGGAGGGGAGCGGGAGGAGCGGCCGGGCCUGGGGCCUGCAGGCCCGGGGAGCCGGGGAGCCGCGGAGCCGGGGAGCCCGGCCGGGCGCAGAGAUGCUGCUGCUGCUGCUGCUGCUGCCGCUGGCGCCGCUCUUCCUCCGCCCCCCGGGCGCGGGCGGGGCGCAGACCCCCAACGCCACCUCCGAAGGCUGCCAGAUCAUACACCCGCCCUGGGAAGGGGGCAUCAGGUACAGGGGCCUGACUCGGGACCAGGUGAAGGCGAUCAACUUCCUGCCCGUGGACUAUGAGAUCGAGUACGUGUGCCGGGGGGAGCGCGAGGUGGUGGGGCCCAAGGUCCGCAAGUGCCUGGCCAACGGCUCCUGGACAGACAUGGACACUCCCAGCCGCUGCGUCCGAAUCUGCUCCAAGUCAUACUUGGCCCUGGAAAACGGGAAGGUUUUCCUGACGGGUGGGGACCUCCCCGCUCUGGACGGAGCCCGGGUGGAUUUCCGGUGUGACCCUGACUUCCAUCUGGUGGGCAGCUCCCGCAGCAUCUGUAGUCAGGGCCAGUGGAGUGCUCCCAAGCCCCACUGCCAGGUGAAUCGAACGCCGCACUCAGAGCGGCGCGCAGUGUACAUCGGGGCGCUGUUCCCCAUGAGCGGGGGCUGGCCGGGGGGCCAGGCCUGCCAGCCCGCGGUGGAGAUGGCGCUGGAGGACGUCAACAGCCGCAGGGACAUCCUGCCGGACUACGAGCUCAAGCUCAUCCACCACGACAGCAAGUGUGACCCAGGCCAAGCCACCAAGUACCUGUACGAGCUGCUCUACAAUGACCCCAUCAAGAUCAUCCUCAUGCCUGGCUGCAGUUCUGUCUCCACACUUGUGGCCGAGGCCGCCAGGAUGUGGAACCUCAUUGUGCUUUCCUACGGCUCCAGCUCACCGGCCCUGUCCAACCGGCAGCGUUUCCCUACGUUCUUUCGAACUCAUCCGUCGGCCACACUCCACAAUCCCACCCGGGUGAAGCUCUUUGAGAAGUGGGGCUGGAGGAAGAUCGCCACCAUCCAGCAGACCACUGAGGUCUUCACCUCGACUCUGGACGACCUAGAGGAACGAGUGAAGGAGGCUGGAAUCGAGAUUACUUUCCGCCAGAGUUUCUUCUCAGAUCCAGCUGUGCCUGUCAAAAACCUUAAGCGCCAGGAUGCCCGGAUCAUCGUGGGACUGUUCUAUGAGACCGAAGCCCGGAAAGUUUUUUGUGAGGUGUACAAGGAGCGGCUUUUCGGGAAGAAGUACGUCUGGUUCCUCAUCGGCUGGUAUGCUGACAAUUGGUUCAAGAUCUACGACCCGUCCAUCAACUGCACAGUGGACGAGAUGACGGAGGCUGUGGAAGGCCACAUCACCACUGAGAUCGUCAUGCUGAACCCGGCCAAUACCCGCAGCAUCUCCAACAUGACAUCCCAGGAGUUUGUGGAGAAGCUGACCAAGCGACUCAAGAGACACCCCGAGGAGACCGGUGGGUUCCAGGAGGCGCCGCUGGCCUACGACGCCAUCUGGGCCUUGGCGCUGGCUCUGAACAAGACGUCCGGAGGGGGUGGCCGUUCGGGGGUGCGCCUGGAGGACUUCAACUAUAACAACCAGACCAUUACUGACCAAAUCUACCGGGCGAUGAACUCCUCGUCCUUCGAGGGCGUCUCUGGCCAUGUGGUCUUCGAUGCCAGCGGCUCCCGGAUGGCCUGGACUCUCAUCGAGCAGCUGCAGGGUGGAAGCUACAAGAAGAUUGGCUACUAUGACAGCACCAAGGAUGACCUUUCCUGGUCCAAAACGGACAAGUGGAUUGGAGGGGCCCCCCCGGCUGACCAGACCCUGGUCAUCAAGACAUUUCGCUUCAUGUCCCAGAAACUCUUCAUCUCCGUCUCUGUUCUGUCCAGCCUGGGCAUUGUCCUGGCUGUGGUCUGUCUGUCUUUUAACAUCUACAACUCUCAUGUCCGCUACAUCCAGAACUCCCAGCCCCACCUGAACAAUCUGACUGCUGUGGGCUGUGCCCUGGCACUGGCUGCCGUCUUCCCCCUCGGGCUGGACGGCUACCACAUUGGCAGAAGCCAGUUCCCCUUUGUCUGUCAGGCCCGCCUCUGGCUCCUGGGUCUGGGGUUCAGUCUGGGCUACGGCUCCAUGUUCACUAAGAUCUGGUGGGUGCAUACGGUCUUCACGAAGAAGGAGGAGAAGAAGGAGUGGAGGAAGACGCUGGAGCCCUGGAAGCUGUAUGCCACGGUGGGCUUGCUGGUGGGCAUGGAUGUGGUCACUCUCGCCAUCUGGCAGAUUGUGGACCCCCUGCAUCGAACCAUUGAGACUUUUGCCAAGGAGGAGCCGAAGGAAGACAUUGAUGUGUCCAUCCUGCCCCAGCUGGAGCACUGCAGCUCCAAGAAGAUGAAUACGUGGCUCGGCAUUUUCUAUGGUUACAAGGGGCUGUUACUGCUGCUGGGCAUCUUUCUUGCCUAUGAGACUAAGAGCGUGUCCACCGAGAAGAUCAACGACCACAGGGCCGUGGGCAUGGCCAUCUACAAUGUGGCGGUCCUGUGCCUCAUCACCGCCCCCGUCACCAUGAUCUUGUCCAGCCAGCAGGACGCCGCCUUUGCCUUCGCGUCCCUCGCCAUAGUGUUCUCCUCCUACAUCACUCUGGUGGUACUGUUCGUGCCCAAGGUGCGCCGGCUGGUCACCCGCGGCGAGUGGCAGUCAGAGGCUCAGGACACCAUGAAGACGGGGUCCUCCACCAACAACAACGACGAGGAGAAGUCCCGGCUGCUGGAGAAGGAGAACCGGGAGCUGGAGAAGAUCAUUGCCGAGAAGGAGGAGCGCGUCUCUGAGCUGCGCCACCAGCUCCGGUCCCGGCAGCAGCUCCGCCCGCGGCGCCACCCCCCGACGCCCCCAGACCCCUCUGGGGGCCUGCCCAGGGGGCCCCAUGAGCCCCCUGACCGGCUCAGCUGUGACGGGAGCCGGGUUCAUUUGCUGUACAAGUGAGGCUGGGAGGGGGGAGGGAAGGGGAGGGCCGGGACGAAGUCCCCCCUCUGUGAGGCCGGGUGGCCUCUCGGACUCUCCGACUCUGGGAACUGGCGGUGUCUCUUGUGUCCUCACCAAAUUGCGUCCACUGGACUCCGCUGUCCCCUCUGUGCCUCGCCGCUGCGCCCCCCACCCGGUCCACCCUGCCUGCCCGCCCACCUCCGCCCUGCCCCGCCCACUUCUCCUUGCUCCCUCCCCCUGCUCCCGCCCACCUCUGCCUGGCCUGCCUGGGCCCACCUCCUGGUGCUCCCUCCCCUUCUCGCCUUCCUGCCCCCCCCCUCCCGCCACCUCAGCCCUGUCCCCGCCCACCUCCUGAUACUCCCUCCCUUCCGCCCCGCCCACCUCUGCACUCCUCUCCUGCCACACCCUCACCUACUACCACUCUCGCCUAAUCUUCCCCGGGUCCACCCCUCACCCCUCACCCCUCACCCCUCACCCCUCACCCCUCACACCAGGUUUGUCCUUGAAUUUUGCCUCCUCCUGGCGCUCAUUCUUCCCGCCUCAACCUGCGCGUGCUCAUGCUGGCCCCACACCUGCCUCCGCACAGGUGCUGUCUCCUCCCCCCUGGGGUCACGUGUCCUUGCUACGCCCCCCCCCCCCCCCCCCCCCAAGCUCUCCUGGCCCGUGUGCAUGUGUAGCUGAGGCGGGUCUUUCCAUUGGGGCGCAUCCGUGUGUAUCCAGACGCAUUCCCUGCGUGCUCGUGGUACCUGGGUACCUCCCCUCUGCACCUGGAAAUCAUGGCACCCUCCCAGCAGAGCUAUAGGUGCCCACCCUGCACGAGGUGAUGCCCUUGUCCCCAGUUCCCACUCACUUGGUUUCUGCCCGAACUUCCCCCCCCAUCCCAGCUCAUGUACACUCCUUUCCCCACCCCCCCUCGUGUCUCCCUUCUCUUCCCCACCCCCUGCUCAUGUCCCCUCCUCCCUGUCCCCCUUCUACCCCUCUUCCCUCCCUUAA